AUACUCUGUCUCCUCUUGGACGCCCCAUUCGCUGCACUACCGGUGAUGAGGUGUCUUCCACUUGGAGAUUCCCAUCUGCUCUGCCUUAUCUGUUCCACCCUUUAUUGAACCUUUCACUGACCAGGCUUUUAAUUCAUCUGCCUCUCCCCGUAUGGUACUGUCAAGUUGCGUUUGAUGGUGACACUCUAUGAAGCGCCCGGGAGGGUUAACCGUGCGAAAGACGCAAGGUUUUUGUUUUAGACCUAAUCAAGUGGACAAUUUUUUUCCCCCUUGAUGUACGAGUGUGGAUUUUCUAAACAUGAAGGUCUCCUCACGCUCUGUGCAAUGAGGAAGACAAGGUGCUAGCAUCCUGUUAAUUUAGCUGAAUUCGAUCUUCAGUUUAUUUCCGGACUCGCACUCUGUGCUUGGCCCCCGAGCGAGGUGGGUUGGAGCUGCCCUGGACCCGGCAAAUCAGUCGGGUAGUCUCGAUUUCAAGCAGCAGCUCAUUCCCGGGGUCGUUAAAAUCGACAAUCUGUAUUUAUAAUGAUUGAAGUUCCUAAUGGCAGGAAAAUAAUCCACGUCCCAAAACAAACAAAAACGAAAAUCACCCCUUCACUAUUCGGAGGUGCCGGUGUUGGACUGGGGUGUACAAAGUUAAAAAUCACACAACACCAGGUUAUAGUCCAGGCUGCAAACUGUUAGCCACCCCACCCACACCACACACUUCACUGUGGCACACGUGUGAGCUUCUUUGUCUGUCUGCAGACAUUCGGAACGAGUCAGUGGACUUUACAAACCGAUUUAAACUUUACAGGCAAUGCAAUUGUGAAAAGUAGAAACAACAGGCAGAAAAUGCGAGGACGAUUCCGCUAGAACUUUACCGACAUGGUUCAUGACCCAGUUCAACCUUUUCUUCAAUAGAGUAGCGCUAGAGAACGGCAGCAGCUGGGACAGAGGAAGCGUUUCCAGUCCAGCGUGGAAGGACGAAUUUUCAGAGAAAGUGAAUCUAUGAACAUUCAUCGCCCUCUAACGGAGGAGGCCACAACACCAUCUCACGAGACAUAGUCAAGGACCAGCAAUUCCUAACUUGUUUUAUCAUUAAAACCAGACACGGCACCAAAGGAAAAAAAGUCGGGGACGAAACAAGCUGAAUUGCUGGAACUGCUAAUCUGAGCAUAAAAUUCAAGGACAAGCAAAAAUAGGACAUAUAUAGAUUGAGGCACAGAACCACAGGAACCAAGUCGCUCAUCUUGACAUAAAGUGAGCACUACCAAAAGCAGCUUAUUUGACCCAUUGGACAGGAAAUCAUAUUAAAAUAACUUCAAAGUGAAUGCAAAUGGCUUUGAUAUUGCCUUCAAGUUGAUAGACAAUGGCUAUGACAGAUCGAAAAAGCUUUCAUAUCAACACACCACUUAAUGAGAGUCUCUCGCUCUCUAAGGUGGCAGGGACAACAGUUUACAUCAAACUUGACAACGUACAGCCAACUGGCUCCUUUAAGAUAAGAGGAAUUGGGCAUUUCUGUAUAAAGGCUGCGGAGAAAGGCUGCAAACAUUUUGUAUGCUCUUCAGGAGGGAACGCCGGCCUCGCUGCUGCCUUUGCUGCUCAGAAGCUCCAGAUUCCUGCCACCAUUCUGGUUCCCAGUAGCACACCAGCAUUUACCGUUCAGAAAUUGAAAGAUCACGGAGCAUUUGUGGAAGUCGUUGGUAAGGUUUGGGAUGAUGCUAACAAGAAAGCAUUAAAACUAUCUGAAAAUGACGGCUGGGUGUACGUUUCACCUUUCAACCAUCCACUGGUUUGGGAAGGAAAUGCCACUGUUGUGGAAGAGCUUUCGGAGUCACUACAUUGCAAACCUGGGGCUAUUAUCUUGUCGGUUGGAGGUGGUGGUCUUCUCUGUGGAGUGGUUGAAGGGCUGAAGAAAGUGGGCUGGUGUGAUGUGCCUGUAAUUGCCAUGGAGACUAAAGGUGCAGAAAGUCUGAAUGCAGCAGUGAAGGCUGGGAAAUUGGUCACCCUCUCUGAUAUCACAAGUGUAGCUAUAACCCUAGGAGCUAAAACUGUGUGUGAGAAGGCACUUCAGAAUGCACAGGAACAUAAUAUUUUCUCUGAGGUAAUCAGUGACCAGGAAGCUGUGCAAGCGGUGGAGAGAUUUCUAGAUGAUGAAAGGUUUUUGGUUGAGCCAGCUUGUGGUGCAUCGCUCGCUGCCAUUUACACUGGAACAAUCCAGCAACUGCAGAAAGAAGGACGGUUGGCCCAGGAUCUACAGUCAAUAGUAGUCAUUGUCUGUGGUGGGAGCAGCAUUACAAUGGCACAGCUCAAAGAAUAUAAAAUACUACUUGCACAAAGCUAAGCACAAUUUUUUUUUCUGAAUUAUAAACUCUCUUAUAAACUCUCUUUGUCUGCCAGACAGUAAUCAUGUGAAAUGAUAUGACUGGAACUAUUGGGGAGUGCUGGGUCCCUGGUGAACAGAAUGGAUGUGGCAAGGUUGCCAUUUCUUAUCUUUUCUCAUCGACAUUUGUGAUCUUUUCAAUACUCUCCUCCACUUUAACAAUUACUCGCCCUGAUUGUAUUCUCUUCACCAUCAGUAUUCAGUCUCUCUAUACUUCCUCCUUCACCUUAAAUGAAACCCAACCAGUCUCCAUCCACUCCCACCCAAGCCCAACAGGCUCAACUUGUUCUUGCAAUGAUUAACUUGCUCUUUGCCACAACUCACUUUCCCCAAGUAAUAGAUGGCACUGGAGGAACCCCUAUGGGUCUUGGCUUUAAUUCUGACAUGGAUGUCCACCCCUUGGAUUGAAUGGUUUUCAUUUUGGAGGGUAAUUAUUAGUUAGUCACACUGUAGUGGGUCUGGAGCCUCAUUUAGGCCAGACCAGGAAUGGACAGCACACAUUUCCUUCCCUGAAGGAUAUUAGUGAAUAAGAUAGGUUUUUAUGACAAUUAGUGAUAGUUUCAAAAAUGAUCGUCACAAAACUAACUUUCAAUUCCAAAUUUUAUUUAUUGAACUUACAUUAUGCCAGGGGCAUGGAAGCCAUUUGAUUACAUGCCUCUAGAGAAUUAGUCUGACUGCCUGGAUUAAGAGUCCAGAAACACUCUCACUAUAUCACCAUCUCACCUUUGUGGUGUGUGUGUGGCAAGUCCCUUAUUCCAGUCCUAUUCCUUCACUUCUUUUUCUGUACUUUGACUUAGCAGUGCUAUUUUCUACUCUUAAACUGAAACAGAAAGUUUAAUUGACUUUACUUCCGAUUUCUGCACUUCCUUUAACUUCCAAUGGUCCAUCUGGCCCUUCCCUUCACUUUCUAAAGUUCUGUGUUCUAUUUCUGAAGUAGAUUAUCAAUCAAUGUUCUCUUUAUAGCUCUUGAUUCUAGCAGACUAACAUCUGCAGGAAGACUAUUCCAUUUUCCUAGGUUGUCUGUCGUAUUUGCUCUGAUAAUGCUGCCUGUAACCUCAAUUUAAAAUUUCAAUUCACCAUGCUUUAAAAGGUUCCUGACCAUAUCUUGUCCAUUUCCCACAUUUUUGCUUUUGCCCCUUUCUCCUCCCUUCUAGAACCCUAAUGGGAUUGCCCUUGUUUUACCAUCCCAUGACCCUCCAUAUUCAAUGGAUCAUUUUCCCCAAUUUUGAAUGCCCCAGCAUAAUGUCAGCACUGAAUGUGUCUUUCUCUCCCAUUCAGUAAUCAGACUUCUUGAUCCUCUACAUCCUAAUCGACUCCUCAAUCAUUCUUAGCAUUCCCAUGCAAAUAUCAUUUUUUCUCCUGUCUUCAAACUGUCCAAGCUCUUCCGGGUGAAACAGUAACGUACUUGCACUUCCAAUUUGUUACACUGUAUUUGCUUCUCAUGAUGCAGUCUUUUCUGCAUUCCCGAGAUCAAACACUGAUAGGUGACCAUGGUGGAAUACCUCCAUUCAGUCCGAUCCCUACCAUGAGCUUCUGCCCCCUUCACUCUCUGUUACGCUCUCACCUUGUACUCUCUGGUGUUGACCUCCUGCACUGUUCCAAUAGAAGUCGGAAACAGCAAUCCACCUUUCGAUUUGGUACUUUACAGACGUCUGAACUCCACCUUGAUAAUGAAAUUGUUGAACUCAUAACUCCUGCUUCAACUUUCCUUGACCCACUUACACUUUGUCAAGAUCCUAUUUUUGUUCCUUUAUUUAUUCUGUUACCAUCUCCUUUAAACAUGCACUAUCACCUCUUUGUCAUUUCAUUUUUCUCCCCUUGCACUUUAUCACUGAUCUUUCCUUUCUUCUUCAUUCUCUUGCUUCUUUUUCUACAUCAGUUCUUGCUUGAAACCUGUUGCAUCUUUAAAGAUAUUGACCUGAAAUGUUACAUUUCUCUCUUUCCACAAAUGCUGCCUGAUAUUGGGUAUGUCCAGCAUUUUCUGUUUUAAUCUUGCCUGGACUUGCUUCCUCUGCGCUGCAAAGCAACUUUGAAAUAUUUCAAACGUUAUUUAUCUCAAACCCGUCCUUGACAAAGCACUGCUUUCCAGUAAAGUUGACCUGCUUCCUUUGCCAUCGCUGCCCGGACCAUUCUCUCUUGGUUUGGAUCAAGCAGGGCAAGAGGAAAGGUGGAAAGCAAUCCGAAUCAUUGUACCGGGUGAGUGAGUGGGGAAAGGCAGAAAUUUUAAGUAGUAGGAAGCAAAGAGGCAGGAGGAUGAUGUAAAUGCAAUGAAAUAAAUUAAAAUUUAUGUAACUGUUGUAUUGGGAAAAAUGCAUUAAGCAAUUAAUUGUGUAAAAAAAAACUAUAAUCACAUUUUUCUUUGGGAAGAAUUGAUGAUUUUUUGAUUCCCUGUAAUGUUCAUGUUUAUGUAGGCGCCCUGGGAUUGCAGCUGAAAGCAUUGAGCGUUGAAAGUUGUUAAUUAUUUUGCUUGUCAUCAGGGUGAGAUCCAGGCGAUUGGAUUAAUGACAUUGAUAGAAUCUUUGAGUGUUAUUUUCAUAUGGCAUGAAACAUUUCAAAGUUCUGCUCUGUCCCUGCAUGAAGUGAUUCGGUGUGUACAUUCCUUCAGGCAGUGUUCUAAUUUAAUCCAACUCAACCCAGCUGGAUGGACUACACUUCAUUCUGGUGGUUGCAAACAGGAAUAAAUAUUAGCAUUUAAUGUCAUCAUAAUGUUCUUGAAACAAAGUUGGUUGAUAAUGAAUGCAUUUUUUUUAAAAUCACUAUCAGAAAAGAUGUUUCCUUUAAAAGAACAAUAGCCUUCAAAAAAAGAUAUGUUUAAUAAUUUUUUUUACGUAACAGAACACAUGUAUCAUUUUCAACACAGUGAUACAUCUCUCCGUCUCAUUCGCAUGCAUUAACUGCAAUGAAAGAAGCAUUUACCAAAUGUUGGAUCGAAACACUCACAUUAGAUUCAGAAGAUAUCUUUGUGGGGCAAUCAUGAUUUCAGAUUCAGGGAGAAAUUCACAAGGAGUGGAAUUUUACAAUAACAUUUAUAAAAAGGGAGGGUUUUUAAGUCCACUGGCAGCUCCUGGGUCUUAAGGUCUGCCAGUCAGGCCUACACCUGGACGGAUCCAGUGGCGGGGAGAUCAGAUUUUCUUUUUCUUCUUGUCGUAGUCACAGAGAUCUACAGCACAGAAAAAUGCCCUUUGGCUCAUUGCAUUCCCAAACA